AGGAAUGGUGCACACAGACCAGACCACUCUUUGCAUUCUAGAAUUAGGGAUGAACCAGACACAGGGAGGUGUCCUUAAUCUAGAGGAAUAAAACUGAAAGGUUGGCAGAUUGUCUCAAGAAGUUUCAAGCAGUGUCAAGCAAGCCAUGCAAGAAGAGAAGUGACUGGAUCUCAGGAGGUGUAUGGAGUGUGGAACCUGGUCCUGCCCCUGUGGGAUCGCCUGGGACUACCCUCUGAAGAGGACAAAGCGCAGGAAGUACUAUUACGAAGCUGCCUUUGUGGCCAUCCUUAAUAAAAACAGACAAAUGGCCAAGGAGAGGGGCCUCUUAAGCCCUGAAGACUUUGCCCAGCUGCAAAAAUACAUGGAAUACUCCAACCAAAAGGUCAGUGAUGUCCUAAAACUCUUCGAGAAUGAUAAGAUGGCCAAAUAUCUCCAAGGAGAUGCCAUUGGGUAUGAGGGAUUUGAGAAAUUCCUGAAAAUCUAUCUGGAAGUGGAUAAUAUUCCCAGUCACCUAAGCCUGGCACUGUUUCAAUCCUUCCACACUGAUCACUGCUUAAACGAGACUGUAAGGAAAGCAAAUGUGGUGUGUCUCAGUGAUGUCUCCUGUUACUUUUCCCUCCUGGAGGGUGGCCGACCAGAAGAUAAGCUAGAAUUCACCUUCAAGCUGUACGACACGGACAGAAAUGGGAUCCUGGACAGCUCAGAAGUGGAAAGAAUCAUACUCCAGAUGAUGCGAGUAGCUGAAUAUUUGGAUUGGGAUGUGUCAGAGCUGAGGCCGAUUCUUCAGGAGAUGAUGAAAGAGAUUGACGACGAUGGCAGUGGUUCUGUCUCCCUAGCUGAGUGGGUCCGGGCUGGGGCCACCACUGUGCCGCUGCUAGUGCUGCUGGGGCUGGAGAUGACGCUGAAGGAUGAUGGGCAGCACAUGUGGAGACCUAAGAGAUUUCCCAGACCAGUCUACUGCAACCUGUGCGAGUUGAGCAUUGGUCUUGGCAAACAGGGGCUGAGCUGUAACCUCUGUAAGUACACUGUUCACGACCAGUGUGCCAUGAAGGCCCAGCCUUGUGAAGUCAGCACCUAUGCCAAGUCUCGGAAAGACAUUGGUGUCCAAUCACACGUGUGGGUGCGAGGAGGCUGUGAGUCUGGGCGCUGCGACCGCUGUCAGAAAAAGAUCCGGAUCUACCACAGCCUAACCGGGCUGCAUUGCGUGUGGUGCCACCUAGAGAUCCACGAUGAUUGCCUUCAAGCCGUGGGCCCUGAGUGUGAUUGUGGGCUGCUCCGGGAUCACAUCCUGCCUCCAUCUUCCAUCUAUCCAAGCGUCCUGGCAUCUGCACAGGAGCGCAGAAACAUCAGAACAAUCCAGAAGAGCACAGAUGACUUAAAUUUGUGUGCCUCUGAAGCUCUGCGGAUUGACCCUGUUUCUAACACCCACCCACUUUUAGUCUUUGUCAACCCCAAGAGUGGUGGAAAGCAGGGGCAGAGGGUGCUUUGGAAGUUUCAAUAUAUACUAAACCCUCGGCAGGUGUUCAACCUCCUAAAGGAUGGUCCUGAACAAGGGCUCAGAUUCUUCAAAGAUGUUCCUGACAGCCGUAUUUUGGUGUGUGGUGGAGACGGCACAGUAGGCUGGAUUCUAGAGACCAUUGACAAAGUCAACUUGCCUGUUGUGCCUCCUGUUGCUGUGUUGCCCCUGGGCACUGGAAAUGAUCUGGCUCGUUGCCUAAGAUGGGGAGGAGGGUAUGAAGGACAGAAUUUGGCCAAGAUUCUCAGGGAUUUAGAGAUGAGUAAGGUGGUACAUAUAGAUCGAUGGUCCGUGGAAGUGAUACCACAACAAACUGAAGAAAAGAGUGAUCCAGUCCCCUUUCAAAUCAUCAAUAACUACUUCUCCAUUGGUGUGGAUGCUUCCAUUGCUCACAGAUUCCAUAUCAUGCGAGAGAAAUAUCCUGAGAAGUUCAACAGCAGAAUGAAGAACAAGCUGUGGUACUUUGAAUUUGCCACAUCUGAAUCUAUCUUCGCAACAUGCAAAAAGUUGGAGGAGUCUUUGACAAUUGAGAUCUGUGGGAAACCGCUGGAUCUCAGUAACCUGUCCCUAGAAGGUAUCGCAGUGCUGAAUAUCCCUAGCAUGCACGGUGGCUCCAACCUCUGGGGUGAUACCAAGAGACCCCAGGGGGAUAUCUAUGGAAUCAACCAGGCCUUGGGCACAGCAGCUAAAGUCAUCACUGACCCUGAUAUCCUGAAAACCUGUGUACAAGACCCAAGUGACAAGCGACUGGAAGUAGUGGGACUGGAGGGUGCAAUUGAAAUGGGCCAGAUCUAUACCAGGCUCAAGAGUGCUGGACAUCGGCUGGCCAAGUGCUCUGAGAUCACCAUCCACACCGUAAAAACUCUCCCCAUGCAAAUUGACGGGGAACCCUGGAUACAAACACCCUGUACGAUCAAGAUCACCCACAAGAACCAGAUGCCCAUGCUCAUGGGCCCACCACCCCGCUCCUCCAAUUUCUUUGGCUUAUUUUCUUGUCCCCCUUAGCCUCCAACCCAGCCUUGAAUCCACUUCCCUGUCCCUGAAUUCAAUUCCCUAGGCUCUGUACAUUGCUGCCAUACCCUCCUGCCAACUCAGGGGAGUAUUCCUUUGCCCCCACAGUAUUUAUUAUCCUGAUUCACCCAUUUCCCCCCACACACAUACAUAUACACACAUACACCACAAACACAUAUGUUAAAAGUGCCUCUUCUAAAUAAAGUGACUUUUUAUUCCCACUGGGU